AUGGAGGAUGCUAAGGAUUGGGGACCUAGACUGUUUAGGUUCAUUAAUGCAUGGACUUUGCGUCCACAGUUUCUAUCAGUCAUUAAACGUUCGUGGGAGGAAUCUGCAGUAUUUGGAUGGGCAAGUUAUGUUAUUUUUUCUAAGUUGAAAGCACUCAGAAUGGCGUUGAAGACUUGGAAUUUGAAGGUCUUUGGAAAUGUGCAGCAUAAGUUGAAAAAAGCUGAGGAGGAGCUCCAUUCUCUUGAUUUAUGUGUUGAGUACAGAGAGCUUGAUGAUGGUGAAAAGAGCAGAAGGAAGGUCUUAAAGGGAGAGGUGUGGCUAUGGAGGAAAAGAGAUGAAUGGUUGUGGUUACAAAAGUCAAGGAUGCCAUGGGCUUUGAAGGGGGAUAGGAACACCAGAUUUUUUCAUAUUAUGGCAACUAGUCAGCAAAGCAAGAAUCUAAUUAACACAUUAUUCAUGGAUGAGGUUAAUUAUGAUGAGCCAGCAAGUAUAAAAAGGGAUUGGCUGAACUUGAGUCUGAGUUUACAGAAGAAGAAAUAUGGGCUGCAAUAUAAGGGUGUGAUGGAGUUUCAUAGGCAUGGAAAGUUAACAAAUGGUAUUACUAGUUCCUUCAUUACUCUCAUUCCUCAGAAGGAUUGUCCCGAGUCCUUAGCAGAUUACCGCCCUAUUAGCUUGAUUGGUUCCUUGUAUAAAAUACUCUCCAAGGUGCUAGCAAGUAGAGUGAAGAAAGUUACUCCUAAGGUCGUUAGUAAUGUAUAA